AUGACCGUGAAGAUGAUGAUGAUGAUGAUGAUGAAGAAGGAGAAGGAGAAGGAGAAGGAGACAAGGAACUCUUUGCAGAAGCAGCAGAUGUCGGUGCGGAUCGACGAACCGCAACUGUUUGUGAGCAUGUCCAAGGAGCCGACGCAGGAGACGGUGACGGUCGGAACCGCCGGCGCCAACGACGAGACUGGCAGCAACUGCGACGAACGGCACGACGAUCAGAUUGACGAGGUGAGCAAGAAAGUGAGCCUUCAAGAACCAAGAUUCGUGUUCAGAAGUGUUCGGGUUCGGCCCCAGCAUCCCCAGAUUUGACGCCGAACCUCAGCAUGUUCGCCGACCUGGAGUCCCGUCAGAAAGUGGUCCAACGGCUGCUCAACUCACAAUUGAACUUAUCAAAUCUCCGCGCGCCUCUCAAUUUACCCCCGAUCUUCCAGGCCCUUCAGACACCCUUCAACAUCCAGGUGAGUGUCUCGAGUUCUUCCCGUUUUCCAGAUUCCUCCCAGUUCCAGUACAACCGUCAAUUCCAGCAGCAACUACUCGGAUUGGCGUCCGGAUUGACAGCCGUCUCUCCGGGAAUCGACGAUUACGACGAGGAGAAUGCGAAUCAGGGAGAGCCCGAAGACCUGACGCUCGGAUUCCGGAAGGAGACAUCGGUGAAGUCGGAAGAGCCCUCCGAGCCGGGAAUUAACGCUUCCGGACCGGCGUGGUCCUACGAGGAACAGUUCAAACAGGUGGGCAUUACCAUUACCGGUUUUUUUCCGUUUUCGUUUCAUUUCGUUUCGCUCGGCAAUCCGACACUUUUGUCCUCCAAUUACCAUAGAGACGAAGCUUGGUACCUAGUUAAUUAUGAACAACAACUCUUCUUCUUCUUCUCUCUCCUGGGCCUACCGUAUUCCAGGGCAUACACGAUGAAGCAUUGUGUUCACACAUUUACGAGUCUAUUGUUCACACCGAAUCACUAAUUCGCAUUAUUUGUGCCAACUCUCCCUCUCUCUCUCUCUCUUUGGGCAAGGAGAAGCCGCCUUGAAACCUAAUCAAUUAUGAGCUCUGGCGUGUGUAUCGAUUACAAAAGAAAAAGGGCUACAGUAAUCCAUGUCAUCAAUCUAAGCGGGCGGGAGCAGGGGGCUCGUUUUUCGAUUGAUCAGUGCGCGGAGGAAGAGCGCGAGAAGUGCGCGCCCGGACGGAUUGUUUGCCGAGCCGAUUGGCUCGAAUCUGUCGGAUUAAUAAUGUAAGAAAGAAACAUACAACUCUCUCUCUCUCUCUCUCUUCCUCCUUCUCUCCUCCAUCGCUUCUUUUGUGUUCGCCCCGUUAUCAGCUGAUUAGAGUGGGGAAGAGAGGGGGACUGGCGAGAGAUCGAGAACAAAGAUCUCGGCCACGUGGCACCAUCCUUAAAGGGAAGUCUUUUCUAAAAAUAAUAAUCUGGAAAAAAUAAGAGUGUUGACAGUUCCAUGCAGCAAAAACAGAAUUCCGGAAUGUUUGCAUUCAAGUCUGAGAAAACGCAAUCAAAGUUUGGUUUCGCUCGUGGAAGAGAAACUGCAUUCUGGAAUGCUAGGCCAUCAAAUGUUUUCUUUUUUUUGCACGUGCGCACUUUUUGUGAAAACCGACCAGUAUUCCUUAUCGAUAAGUGCCUAUUUCGAUAAAUUAUCGAUACAUUUGUCGAAAUUUUAGCGGAAAAUUAGUCUAAACUUUUUUUUCGGCCGUACGUUAACCAAACGUCAUUUCGAAAUUCAGUUUUUGCUGCUUGACAAGACAAUUAUUGAAUUUUCAAGGAAUUAUUUUUUCACGAGACUUCAGAAUACAUCAGAUCCGCCGACAAUUAUGUUCUGGGGCGGGCUCGAAACCAUCGAAGAACUGUUGAGAGACAGAGAGCCAAAAGUUUUCCAAUUUCUGUUCACUUUCUAAUUGGGCUCUCCGCGGGCCGCCAUCCGGAUGCGAUCAUUGUCUUUCCGUCGUGCGAGCAAUAAAAACGGACCAAAACUAAUAAUAAUGAUAGUGGAGAAUAUAAUGGGCGAAUUGCGAGUUUACAACAUGUAAUAAUGGCUUCAGUGGUCGCGGGCCAUCCGGAGAGCCCACUGAUUUAUGUGUAUGACCAAAACGACUUUUGCUCCUGGUCUUCUGCUUUGAAUUUAAUAAAAGACAAGUACAGUAAUCCAUCUCAACUGCGUCAAUUCCUUCAUCAAUUAUCUUUAAGAAGAAGAAGAGCGCUCGUGCUAAUUGAGUGGGGCACCGCGAAUAUUUAAUUAUGUGAAGAAGAAGGGGAAAAGUUUUUAGGCAGGCGAAAUGAAGUAUUACUUAUUAGCUCUUACAUAUUACAUUGCCAAUUUCGGAAAGGAAAAUGAGCAUGUUUUGAUGGGCGCCCCGCGGGGAAAACGGAAAAAAGAAAGAUGAAAAUAAAAAUGAAAAUGAGUUGUUGCAGUUGUACGAACUGUCGGACGAUGUGAAACGGAAGGAAUGGCUCGACGACUGGCUCAACUUCAUGCACAGAAUAGGUGGGAACAUAUGACCGACUUAGGGGUUUAGAAGACUUUUCAAGGCCCGGUCGACCUGAGUUAAAAUUUUUUGAAAGUGUUGGGAAAAACUAUCGAUUUUUCAGCUGUUUAGGGAGCGUUAUGAUAAAAUUCACAUGGGGAUUCCAAAACUGCUUUUCUUUGCUGAAUAGCUCUGGAAUUGAAGAAAAACUUGUCGAGCAUAAAUAAUGUCUUGAAAUUGUAGUACUGAAACCCGGACCCGGCCCGCGACAAGUUUGACACUCCAAGUUUUACAUUUACAAUGUUCUGUUUUGAACGAGUUUUUGAAAAUCUUCUUGCAGGAAAGCCAGUGACACGAAUACCGAUAAUGGCGAAACAAGUGCUGGACCUCUACGAACUGUACCGUCUCGUCGUCCAACACGGAGGCCUCGUCGAAAUAAUCAACAAGAAGCUGUGGCGGGAGAUCACGAAGGGCCUCAACCUGCCCUCCUCGAUCACUUCGGCCGCGUUCACCCUCCGAACGCAGUACCAAAAGUACCUCUACGACUACGAAUGCGAAAAAGAGAAGCUGUCGAAUCAGGCGGAUCUGCAGCAGGCGAUCGACGGAAAUCGGCGGGAAGCUCCCGGAAGACGGACGGCGCCCUCUUUUCCGCUUCCGUUUCCGCUUCCGCACGCCGCCAACGCAGCCGCCUCGAUGCUCAAUAAGCAAUUGAACGGACUGGCGAUGAGGAACGGUGAGGGCGCGACGGAGCACGGUUGCAUCACAACGAUCCUUGCAGAGUUGCUCGACGACGAGAACACACUGAACCUGCAAGCGAGCGGGCUGUUCGGCGGCAGCUACGGGGCCGAUCAGAUGGCCAUUCUGGAAGCGCACCACCGGAAUAUGGAGAGGGCACAACGAGCGGCGGAGCACAUCUCUCGGCACACGCUCGGACUCACCGUCAGCACGAACGGAGCCAACGGCAACGGAGCGACGGGCGCUCAGAAUGCGUCGGGACGUGAAUCCACGUCGAGCAACGAUUCCGACAUUCCCGGUGAGAAUCCGAAUCGAAAUCCGAGCAACUUGAAAGGUUUCUUUGCAGCGAAAAGGCCGAAAUUAGAAAACGAUAAACCGAACGGCGCGAAUUCCCUUCGAAUCAGUACAAAACAAUCAGGUAACUCUAGAGUUGUGGGGAAUUUGACCACAAUAAAAAGUUGCAGACGGUUCAAAGAGCUCAAUGUCCGUCUCGAUGGAAAUCAACGGAAUCACCUACCAGGGAGUAUUAUUCGCACUCGAAGACGCCGACUGUUGA